AGCUCUCACAUGGCGUGACAGGUGACAGGUGACUACCUGAGCCCAUGUUGUUCGCGUUGAGCUCAUCGGUCGAGAUUGGUGCCUUGCUCUCCGUUUGGACAAGCAAGCUAUACUACAGGAUGUCCAGCUCUUGUCGGCCGUGCGCCGCCUUGUGUCAGUUGAAUGUCACCGCAGACAAGCAAGCCAACUUGUGUGCUGCCCAAGGGUUGCUGGAGGAGGCAAAGCAGCGAGGCGCCUGCAUGGCCUUCCUGCCCGAGGCUUUCGACUAUAUCGGCUCCAGUCGGGAAGAGACCCUGGCGCUUUCGGAGACCUUGGCGGGACAUACAAUGAUGCGGUACACUCAGAUGGCCAGGAAAUUGGACAUCUGGCUGUCUCUGGGGGGGUUCCACGAACGGGGAUCCGACUGGGAGGCCGAGCAGCGAAUUUACAACUGCCACGUUGUCAUUAACAACCACGGCGAGAUUGUGUCUACCUACAGGAAAUGCCACCUGUUUGACGUCGAGCUUCCCGAGAAGGGCGUCUCGCUCAACGAAAGCACCUUCACCGUCCCGGGUCCCUCGCUGGUCGCGCCCGUCCAAACCCCCAUCGGCAAGCUCGGAUUGGGCGUCUGCUACGACUUGAGAUUCCCAGAAUUUUCACUCGCGUUGCAGAAGAGCGGCGCUGAGAUCCUGACGUUCCCAUCGGCCUUCACCGUGACCACAGGAGCCGCUCACUGGGAGGUGCUGCUGCGGGCGCGGGCCAUCGAGAACCAGUGUUACGUCCUGGCGGCGGCACAGGUCGGCCGGCAUCACGACAGGCGCUCCUCUUACGGCCACAGCCUGGCCGUGGACCCCUGGGGGACGGUGGCGGCCGACUGCGGGGGGGAGCGAGCGGGCGUGGCGCUGGUGGAGGUCGAUCUGGCUCAAAUACGCAGCCUCCGCCGGAACAUGCCGCUUCAUGAGCAUCGCAGGGACGCCGCCUUUUACGCCAGCCUGGAGGGAGGACGUCGAGUGAAAUAGUCUCGCGUGACAUGACUUCUAGCGCUUUUGUAUCAGGUGGAAACCUGCUGGAAAGGAGUACUAUGCCAGUCUUUGGGCUGCGGAUUCACUAGCAAAUAUUCACUCUUACAUGGAGCCAAAUAAAUCCUUUGCUGCGAAUCAUGA